AUGAGCGGGGCCGGCGCGGCGCUGGCCUCGUCGGCAUUGGGCCUCUGCGGGGAGGACGGGAGGGCGGAGUGGCUGCGCUUCUACGAUCAGGUCGAGGCGCAGGUGGAGGCGCUGGCCGCCGACCGCGCGCAUCUAGAGGCGACAAGGGGCGAGGGGGAGGAGGCGCCCGCCGCUAAACUCCAAGAGGGUGAUCUGGAGGAUGUCAGAGCUUGUAGAGGUCUUCUUGCCCUACCAAGCACUGAAUCUAAGCCGAAGGAAGUUCAAGAUCGUCUAGAGCUUGGUGAAGACACUGGGGAUCAUGAGCACAGUGUAAAAGUGCUGAGAGCAAACCUUAGAAAACUAAAGGGAGCUUUUGAGACCCUGAUGUCAAAGAAGGAUAAGGAUAUUUAUUCAGUAAAAGUUGUUCUUUUGAACCAGUUGAAUACAAUGGAAAAGGAAAGCAUGCUCUCUGAGAACAAGAAACUAGAGGCAGCACAAGCUACUGAAGAAGCGAAGAAGCUUCAGCAGAACGUACAGGCGCUGCGCGUCGCAACUCAAAACAAGGACAAUGAGAUUGGCAGACUCCAUGCAGAAGCUCUUGUGGCUCAACAGAAGCUACAUGAAAUGGAUUCCUUGCUGAAGGAGAAAGAUGAAAGUAUUGAAAAACUCCAUACGGAAAACAUUGGAUUACGUGCUGUAAAGGAUUUUGUUUGGAGCCAGUUCCGGAUAAAGGAGCAGGAGCUGCUGGACUACGCCGUGCUUCUUAAGAACAAGGAAGUGGCAGCAGCACAAGCUACUGAAGCAGCGCAAAAGCUAGUAAAGGAGAAUCGCACGAUGGAGGCAGAAGUUGUUGAUUAUGGAAACAAGUUAUUGAUUCUAGAGGAUAAGCUAAAGGAGACGCGCUCCUUGGUGAAGGAGAAAGAUGAAGAAAUCCAAGAACUCAGGAAUCGCCAACCUGAGACCACGAGUCUGAAGCGCAAGUGCGCCUCUUCCUUGUCAAAUGAGACUAGUAAAAAGCGCAGGAGGGAUAUCAUUGGGAUGCAUAUAGCUUCUAUUCGGCGAUGCAAGUCCGGCAGACAGUGCUUUGGACGUCGCACAUGCCUUCUUGUCUAG